AUGGCUCAAAAGGAUGGACCGUGGUAUAAGAACGACGGUGCCAGAGAUGUGGUCGAUAUCUGGAACGAUGCCAUUCGGCAAUAUCAAGGCAUUGGCGGCAAAGAUCUGAAGGCUGGGUACGAUCAGUUCAAGAGCUUAAAUGCUAUGAUUGACUUUGGCUGCAAGGAGAUGGAGAGCUUCCACGGUUUCCGCUACGAUGGCACCAAGGUCGCCAAGCUGCGAGGCCUGUUCAAAGAAGGCAUGUGGCUUAUUGAGGGAGGGAUGCAGCAGGUGAACUGGCUGACCUUUGGACAGGCUUGCAAGGAGAUGUCGGCGGACUACGAUGUCGUAACGACUUUCUUCGUUGACCUCACAAUGUUCCUGCGGCGAAUGAAGAUCCUCGAGAAGCGACUGCCGGAGCAAGGGGCCUUUCAUGACUGUGUUUUCGAUGUCUUCGCGUCGCUGUUGAGGAUGUGCGCAACGGCGACCAGGUACAUCGAACUCAAACGAUUCAAGAAAUGGGUGACCACCUUGUUCAAAGGGGGCGACCAGGAGCUAGUAGCUGCGAGAAGUGGCAUGGACACGGCAAUGAACAAUCUGCACGACGCAACAGAGAAGGCAAUCCUGGGAAAUACUGUGGACCUCCAACGGUCCAGCGGGGAGACACGUGAGCUUUUGCAGCAGAUGGAACUGGAGUUGCAGGCGAAUUCGGAGGCUUCAAUGAAGAUUAUGGAAGAGCAGUUCUCAAUGAUGCAAGAGAUGGCUGAGAAACAGAACACCAUGUUCAACGACGUCAAGAAGCUCCUCGAAUUUGAGAUGGACCGCCGCCGGAACGAAUCCCUCCCAAAGCAGAGCGGGACCAAAUCAUCUGGGAAUGCUAAACCACCCACAUCCAACAGCGUGCGCCUCGCCCUCGGAUACAGCACAGAUCCGGAGAAAGAAUACCAGUCCCUUCGGCACUCCCUGAUACCAGAGACCGGAACAUGGAUCUUCGAGCAGCCUGAAUGGAAAGCCUGGACUGAGCAGGGCGAGGACGACGAUGUCUCGCCCAUACUCGCCGUGUCAGGACCCCGUGGGACUGGCAAAAGUCACCUCGCUGCGUCUAUUUAUGACCGUCUGAAGAAAGACGCCGACGAAACCACAUGCGUGGUCCACUUCUACUUCAGGGAAGACACGAAGGACUUGGAAGAGUUCUGCAACGCGGUGAACUGGGCUGUCGUCCAGAUCGCAGAGCAGAACGCCACUCUUUGCGACAGAAUCAACAAAGAGAUGGUCCGGGAGGAUCGGAGAUGGAGCAUCGACGACUCGGAGGACGUCUGGGACAACUUGGUCAAGCCCUUGUUCCCUACUAGUAAGACGCCAAAAUACCAACUGAAAAUCGUCUUUGACGGGAUCGACGAGUUGCCAGUGAUGGUUCAAAGAGACGAGCUAUUGGGGUGCCUGAAGAAGAUUAGGGAUGUCAAUAUUAGCAAGGAGUCGAACGUCAGUGUUAUCUGCACUCUCAGAGAUGCUAGAGGCGGCGAGAACGACUUGUUGACACAGCUUGAGGAAAUUGGUGCGACAUCCAUCAGUGUGACGAAGGAGAAGCAGGCGCCUGAUACCAAGGCUUUGAUUUGGGCCCAUCUUAACAGCGACAAUGUGCUGAAAACAUUCGACCCAUACAUCAAGCAACGGGUUGCGACCAGGAUCGAGGAAACCGCCGACUGUAUGCUUUACGCUGAACACAUGCUUCGCCACUUCAGCAUGAUUGGGCGUGCGCCUCUUGUCUUAAAGCAGCUAGAGCAUUCGAUGCCAAAGAGUCUAGAGGAUUGCUACGACCGAAUCUUGCACGGACUGGAGCAGAAGACGGCCAGCUCGCAGCUGGGAGCCCUGAAGUCAUUGCUGGCGUGGCUGUCCUUCUCGGGUCGACCGCUGACACUCGCCGACUCACUCCAGCUGCUCAGAACCGUGUUCAAUUCCUCUCUGGACCUGGAAUCUGAGCUCCAAGGCAAUCAGCUCGCGAGAGUUCUGAAAAUUGCUGGACGUGAAGAGCGCCAAUCGACUGAUACCGACUCAGGAGGUCCAACCAUCAGCACCGAUGACGACCCGGAUGCAAAAUACGACGACAGCGAUCUUCCCCUCAAAUUCCAAGGUCGGUCUAUGCGAGACUAUUUUCGACAAGCACGAGACGCCACCGAGGAUUUGAGGACACCCGCAUCUGUGGCCCACCGGAAGAUCUUCCUCGUCUGCUGUGACAUAAUUUGCGGGAAGAUCAAGGUGCAAGACGAGAGCCUGAGAAGCUACGCAGCCCGAAACUGGGUCCAUCAUUUGAGCUGGGCCAACAUCACGCUCGAAACAAAUGGUGAUAGCGCGGCGUGUCUUGAGGGGCUCGGCAACAUCAUGACCAAUGCACGCGGUGCAGCAUCUUUCUUUCAAAAUCACGGGGUCGACUACGAGGAAGUUCAUUCAGACUUCGUGGACGAGUUGCCUGUCACAGACUUCGAGAAUGAUGGUCUCAUCUCCUAUAUGGCUUACUGGGCAAGUGUGAUCUUAAACUUAGCCACGAGCAAUGACUUCCUCAGCCAAAGCACCGUAGCCUGGGCAGAAGAAACGAUCGAGGAUAGGAGAAAUGCGUUUGUGCCUCUCGCCAAGGCUCACAUCGCGGAAUGGCUACAAGUAGCAGAUGUUGAAUCCGCUUCAACAUCGUACAAGUUCUCAAGGUCAUGUAUUGCAUUGACAGGCCAAAACUCUCUGUUCAAAAAGACUCCUGGCUCGGAGGAGGAACGCAGGUACGACAAAGAGGAGAUUCUCGGGUUGUCAAGAGCCUUUGGCGAUGCACCAAAGGCCGCGAAUGCGGCAUGGGCCAUAGCUGCGAUUCUUGAGCAUUCCAGACAUUACGACGCGGCCUUGAGAACCAUUUCCGACGCAAUUGAUAAUCUCACCGACACCACAGAAAACUCAGAGAGUUUCAGAACCCUGCAUCUCCUUGCUACAGUACAGAGAAAUCUCAAAGACUACGAGGCCGCACAGGACUCUAUCGCGAGAGCGAUGUCUCGGCCAGACGGAAUUUCUGCCGACCACCUACGACGCGCUUACAUCACGCAGGCUGAGAUAAACACUGAUCUCGGAAAGACCGAUGAUGCGAUCGAGUCGUACGAACAGGCCAGACAGGCGAACUCGACCGAGCCUCUCAGGGGUGAAAUCUUGCGCAAGGAAUUCGAUGCCUGGAACGAGAACGACAAGGCCGUGGAUCUCGUGAAGAACAAGUGGACGCUGCAGGAGAGGCUUGAGUGGAUGACUUGGAACUACGCCGACGACAGAGAGCACCACACGGACUUCUUAUUCGCCGCGAUCGACGCGAACGAGCAAGACUACAUCGUUGAGGUAUACCAGGAAAUCAUCGGCCUGCUGGACCACUUCGGCGCGGGAGUGCCGCUGAGGAACAUCCUCACGAAUUGGUACGCCAUGAACGGAGACGUCGACGCAGUCAGGACACAAUGCCUCGCCGUCCUCGACAGCACGCUGAACAGCAACAACGGCGACCUAUACCGCUUCACCGACGAGGACCCGGCUUACGCGAUGUACCGCGCCCUGUGCGUGCUGACGGACACCAUCUACGAGCAGUUCCGGGCCACCGCGGACAGGGCCGAAAAGGCGGCGCUCUUCGAGGAGGCCAAGGGGCUGAUGAGCCGCCAACUAGUCCGCGCCGUCACGCUGCAGAAGUCGUGGCAGGUCCACUACAAGGUCAUCCUCGCGAGGAUGGCGCGCAAGCUGGGGCCGUUGCACGAGUUUGAAGACAUUCUAAACGAAGGCUUCAACGCUACCGUCGACGCUCUGAUGGACGACGUCGCGUGGAACGACGAGAUGAACCUGGACCUGUUGUCAAUGGUUCUGUCGAGUCUUGAUGGCCUGGAGCGCGAGGCGCAGAUUGCGUUGUCUGCUCGGUUUUCUGAUCUCGAGCCCGACGACGAGGGUACCGCUGCUGCGGAAGGGGGAGACGGGGCGUCCACCUCGAGUGGAAGUGACGACGAAGAUGAGGACGAAGACCCCCUGCCGGAGGAUGAGGGAGACCUCACAGGUUACACUAGUUAUUGCGGCGGCCCGCGUUGCAAAGUGACGUGGCGGGCUUGGAAAGGAAGGAAGAUGUACCAGUGUCUCUACUGCUGGGAUACGAUGCUUUGGAUCAAGAAUGGAAUGGUAUUGAUUGAGGGUGAAGAGCCGUUUGCUUUUAAGGACUGGCUGGUUGGAUUGAAGGAGAAGAAGUGGCCGGAGGCCUGGAACAGGUUUUGGAUGGGUUGA